UGUAAACCCCAGACGUCAACACUCUAAACCCUCUUUCUGAAUUCUGAGCUUUCUCUUCUCCUUGUAACCUGCAGCUGUUCUUCUCACCCAGUUUCAAGAGAUGGAGUAUGUGAGCCCUGAAGGCCUUCGCUUAGAUGGUCGCCGCCCCAUGGAAAUGAGACAAAUUCGUGCAGAGAUUGGUGUUGUUGCCAAAGCCGACGGUUCUGCUUUGUUUGAGAUGGGUAACACCAAAGUCAUUGCUGCAGUGUAUGGCCCUAGAGAGGUCCAAAAUAGGAGCCAACAAUUGAAUGACAGCGCACUGGUGCGAUGUGAGUAUACCAUGGCAAAUUUUAGUACUGGGGAUCGCAUGAGAAAACCAAAGGGGGAUAGGAGAUCAACAGAGAUAUCUUUAGUUAUUCGCCAAACCAUGGAAGCAUGCAUUAUGACACAUUUAAUGCCUCGGUCUCAGAUUGAUAUUUUUGUUCAAGUUCUCCAAGCAGAUGGAGGAACUAGAUCUGCAUGCAUUAAUGCUGCAAGCCUGGCCCUUGCAGAUGCUGGAAUUCCAAUGCGUGAUCUUGUUACCUCCUGUAGUGCUGGCUAUCUUAAUAGCACACCUCUGCUUGAUUUAAACUACAUAGAAGAUAGUGCUGGAGGUGCUGAUGUCACUUUAGGCAUUAUGCCAAAGUUGGACAAAGUGACUCUUCUUCAGAUGGAUGCUAAAUUAUCGGUGGAAACUUUUGAAAAUGUAAUGCAACUUGCGAUCGAAGGCUGCAAGGCGGUUGCAACCUACAUUCGAGAGGUAUUACUAGAGAAUACAAAGCAAUUGGAGUCUCGCCGAGGCAUCUAGUUCCAAAUUAAGGUUUCUGGCCGUUCAAUGAUGAAGUUUGAGGUGGCUAUAUUACGCGGACAGUGUUGAUGGAAGUAAUCUUGGAAUUGAACCCACUGAGUUGAAGUAUCCCCAAGGGGAGAGCUUUGAUUUUGGAUUCUGAGAAUGGUAACAUCUACAACAUGGGCCGAAGUGGCAACUUUUAAGAGGGCCUCGCAGUAAUCUAAAAUGUAUAAACUAUUUUUCCAUCAUGUUCUUAUAUUCUUGUUGUAAAUGAAGAUUUAAAGUAGAAAUUAUAAUCAAAGAAAGAAGCUCCGUUUAUUUUCA